UAACAAGAUGCGAGGAUAAACUGUGUCUGCAUGGAGUGUUGGAAAGUGAAGGAACGUUCCGAUUUUUAACAGUGACGUGAUAAAUUGUUAUCAACAUUUUUGAACUGUUGGAAUUUUUUCAGGAAUAUGGGAAUACUCUUUAACUAGGGUCAACUCGAGGCACGUGCAUUGGAUAUAAACUCCAGGCAGUUCAAGUUGACAACAGGUUCGCAAAAAUGGUCUCUUAAAAGUCAGUAUUCUACUCAAACAAUUCUUUGAAUCUGACAGAUAACCAUUUUUCUAGUUUCCCCAAAAAGAAGAUGGUAGCUGACAUGUUGAUACCAAGGAAGAUGUUUGUCAGAAGAACGUGUGUAUUACAGCUAGCAUUUUCUCUCUAGUCAUGUGGAUUUCUGUGAUUGUAAACCUUAAGGUCAAUUGAUUACUAGCAGCAUUGCUGGACGAUUCAGUUUACGUCAUCAAAUCAAGAUGGAGCAUCAAAAUAACACGGAGUUCGUCUCCAUGUUGCCCUCGCCUGCUUAUAGCGACACACCCGAAAGAUACGCCUCAUCCAAGGAUACACGAAACCGGGUUAUCCCGAACAGCUCCGGGGAUUCCCGAGACGACGCGGAAUACUUCGAGAGUCCGUCCGACCUUGAAUCUCCGGGGAACAUCAGCCAGGGUCAAGUCUCUUUAGGCGUGGUCAGCACCAUCAGCGGUCAGUCCGACCACAGCCGGACCGCGCUGCUGAAGAAGGAUCAGAAGGAGGUGGUGGUGGAGCAGCGGAUGGGCAUGUUCGAGGACGAUGAGGAGGCGAACCAGUGCCGGUUGGGCAGCUUCAGUCCGCAGUGCUUUCAGGCCUGCGCCAACGUCAAGAUGUUCGUCUUCUUCAUGUGCGUGCUGCUCAUUGUCGCCUCCGCCCUGACCACUGGCUAUUUGAACAGUGUUAUAACGACUAUAGAGAAAAGGUUUGAAAUCGGCAGCUCUAUAUCCGGACUGAUCGCCGCAGCGUACGAGUUCGGCAACUUGGUCGCGGUGAUAUUUGUGUCGUACCUAGGGGCGUCCCGGCACAUUCCAAAGUGGAUCGGGUUCGGGGUGCUCAUCAUGGGCACCGGCUCCCUUCUGUUCUCCCUGCCGCACAUCCUCGCACCAAAGUACACCGUGAAUUCGGGAAUGUCCGAAAACCAAACAGAGGACGCCAAUAUUUGCCGCGCGCCCGGCGUGCAGGCGUACGACUCUGGGCUGUGUAUACGGGAGAACUCUGGGAACUGGGGGUACGUCCUGGUGCUGGUGGCCGCACAGAUCAUGAUCGGCACCGGGGGGACGCCCAUCAUGACGCUGGGGGUCACCUACGUGGACAACCAUGUGGCGAAAGAAAAGUCUCCGGCGUAUUUAGCAUGUAUCCACGCCUCUGGAGCCCUGGGUCCCGUCCUGGGCUACGCCCUGGGCGCCCUGCUCCUGCAGUACUACGUGGACACGUUCUCCCACGACGUGCUCAUCACCACCUCCAGCCCGCGGUGGAUAGGGGCGUGGUGGGGCGGCUUCAUCAUUUGCGGCGUCCUGCUGCUCCUGCUGUCCCUGCCCUUCCUGGCCUACCCCCGGGUCCUGGUCAGGGAGAGGAGGAAGGUUCUGGAGACGAAGACCAAAGAGGCGCUGUUACAGAAGGCGGAUGAUGACGAUAUCAAAGCUAGCCAGUACGGCCGCUCUAUCAAAGAAAUCCCCAAAGCUGUGCUGCAUCUGUUGAAGAACCCAGUGUAUGCCGUCAUGUUGCCAGCCAUUUGCUGUGAGAUCUGUAUAGUCAGUGGGUUUGUGGUCUUUCUACCCAAGUAUCUGGAAUCUCAGUUUGGUACUUCAACAUCACUGGCUAAUCUUUUCACAGGUGGCAUUGGCAUUCCUGGUGCAGUCAUUGGCAUCCUCAUAGGUGGUUAUAUUCUAAAGAGAUUGGCACUGUCCCCAAAAGGUGCCAUCCAGUUUGUACUUCUCCUCAACACACUAGCCCUAUGUGGCUUCUCUUUCUUCUUCUUCAUGGGCUGUGACAACCCUAAAAUAGCUGGGGCUAACUUUCCAUAUUUUAACAGUUCUGGCCAUAAAAUAUUCGAGGCCAACCUGACGUCCACGUGCAACCAGAACUGCGACUGCUCGCCCAACCAUAUCCAGCCCAUCUGCGGCAUCAACGGCAUCACCUACUUCUCUCCGUGUCACGCAGGCUGCACAGGGUCAAACCACUUCUACGACCCAGGCAGGGAGGAGAAAUCUUAUAACUACAGUGGCUGUUCAUGUAUAAGCUUAGGACCAGCUGACCACUCCAACCACGAGGUCAUCAUAUCACCCAUGGCAACCAGCGGCGCCUGCAAGAACACGUGUGAGAGGUUGUUGCCCUUUCUCAUACUGCUGGUGGGGAUGACGUUCUGCGUGGCUGGUACUCAAAUGCCACUUCUCAUGGUGACGUUGAGAUCUGUGGCGACAAUGGAAAGAUCAUUUGCUCUCGGAUUGCAGUUUGUGAUGAUGAGGUUGUUUGCUUACAUUCCUAGUCCAAUUUUCUUCGGCAAUGCCAUUGAUACAUCCUGUCUUCUGUGGAGCGUGAAGUGUGAGCGGAACGGUUCCUGUCUACUGUAUGACAUCGUCAGGUUCCGUUAUAAUUAUGUUGGAAUAGCGGCUGGCCUGAAAGUGAUAUCAAUGUGUUUCUUUGUGGGGGUUUGGUACUUCAUAAGGAAAAGAACCAUAGCUGAAAAUGCUGCCACAAUGGUCAAUACCCACACCAGCUCCCACAUCUCAGUGGACAAAACUGACCACAAAAACGGGACGCUGGACGAGGCAGGGAAAUUAACUCCCCGACCAUCCAUCCUCAAGAUCAAAUCACCAGCCUCACCCUCACGACAGGGCGCCAACAAGCCCCACGGCCAGCCCCACCAGAACAGGUCCCCGUCAGACAACGGCGCCGUCGCCACAGUCGACGCUGGGAACCUGACCGACAUCAGAGUCUCUGACUCAGUUAACCCAAACAUUCCACUGAAAGAAUCUAUUUUGUGAUCGCA